AUGCCUUGCUACGAGGACGUGGUGUGGGAAGACGACACCUCCUUCGAGUGGGACGUGAGACAAGUGCCGGAGACCACCGUCGUCGAGGGUUUCACCACUCGCGCGGUGGAAUCUGUGGCUGUGAGGCCACAUCCGCUGGACAGGCAGCUAGUGAUGGUCUUGCCGACCGAGCGUGAGGAGAAGGUGACAGUCGAGGGUAGCCGGGCGAUAGCUCGCAUGAUAGCACUCAAUGCUCGCGACAAGCCGGCUUUCGAUUCGCUGUUUGACACCGCCCCCUCUGCUUCCCACCCACCCUUGCCUCCCCGUGGACCGCGCGCCCCGAGCCCGUCCCCAUCUAAUGGGACAUCCAUCCCGCGUGUUCGCGUGGAGGACGCCAACCUGGGGACGGCGGGGUCGCUCAAGAAGCAGCAACUCGUCAACGUCCUCGCAGCGUUCAUCGAGGACGGUCUGUUUCCGCUCGACCCGAAGCGAGUGCCGGCUUGCAUCAACGGUGAGUAUGAGCUUCCUCUGAUCAACGAGUUUUGUACACCUUUCGCAGCCAAGCAACGGCGUUUCGCUCCGGCAGGACGACGCAUGAUCAGGGCAGAGAUUCAGCAGUUGGUAGACCGAGGAGUGAUCCGUCAAUCCAUGUCUCCGUGGGCUGCCCAGUGCUUGUGCGUUAAGAAGAAGGAUGGUACGCUGCGACUGUGCAUCGACUGGCGUGAACUCAACAAACUCUUGGUCUCCGAUAGUGGGGGUUGGGGUGACAUGCAGACGAUAUUCGACGGGUUGAAGGGCAAGAAGUAUUUCACGCAGCUAGACCUCGCCUCCGGUUUUCGCCAGAUGGAAAUCGCCGAGAAAGACCGUUACAAGACGGCCUUUCGAGAUGCGGAUGGUAUGCUUUGGGAAUUUACUCGCGCGGGUUUCGGCCUGACGGUGCUUGCGGCGGCCUUCACUCGUAGAGUAAAGUCGGCUUGGGGGCAUCUAUCGGGCGUGUUUAGCUGGCUUGACGACAUUGUCAUCGCUAGCGACACAUGGGAAGAACACGUCGCCACUCUGACGCUCGUUCUGAACCGCCUUCUGGCUGCGGGGCUGUUCGUGAGCUUCGCGAAGUGCAUUUUCGGCGCAGCAUCGCAGGAGUUCCUCGGCAUGAUCAUCGACUGUACGGGCCUGUACCCUGCUCCGUCUAAGCUAGCUAGAUGCAAUCGCAAGCAUGCCUCGCCCACACACCGUAGAAGAGCUGCGCACGUUUUUGGGCCUCACCGGCUACUUGCGCGUCAGUUUGUUCCUCACUACAGUUUGGCUGCUGCUCCGCUCACCAACAUCCUGCGCAACAAAGCCUUCGCUUCGAAACGUGCACGCAAGCUGAGGAAGACGCCUUCCUGUCUUUACGAGCAACGUUGGCUUCCCCGAAAGUUCUCGCUUUCCCUGACCUUGAGCGAAGGCAUGGGGGUCUUGUGGGCGGUAGACCACUUCCGGCCGUACCUAGCGGUUAGACGGUUCAAACUUGUGACAGACUGUUCUGCCCUCACAUGGUUGUUCCGAUGCCGUGAACUCUGCCCCAAGCUGCACAGGUGGGCGACGCGGCUGAUGGAGUACGACAUGGAGCUGGAAUGGAAGGCGGGAGUAGAGCACGCAUUGCCCAAUGCUUUGUCCCGGUUGACCGUUGCGAACCCUGUAGUGGUCGACGUCGACGAUUCGUUUCCGGAUGAUCUGUCGUCCGCUGCUGCAGGAGCUUCGUUAGAGAGAUCUCUGGACCGGAGUUGA